AUGAAAAAGGCUGAGUCGGCCAUCGAUGACAUGAAAGGAGUGAAUCCGAGUGCAGACAUCACUGCACUUAAGCUCGACUUGUCUUCAUUCAAAUCCGUUCGUCAGUUCGCCGAUGAGCUGAAGGCCAGGGAGUCUGCGGUCGACAUACUUAUCAAUAACGCCGGUAUAUAUCAGUGCCCGGAAUGGGAGACCAUAGACGGGUUUGAGAUGCAGUUCGGAACCAAUCAUUUAGGUCCAUUUCUGCUAACACUGACUCUAUUGCCACUGCUAAAGAGUGCGCCGGUAGCACGCAUUGUGAACGUGGCGUCAGGUUAUCACGAAAUCGGCAAAAUUCAUUUUGAUAACAUUAACCUCAAGAACGGGACCUACGAUCCCGAGAAAGCCUACUGUCAGAGCAAAUUGGCCAUGGUACUUUGCACCAGGGAAAUGGCCCGUAGGCUGGGCACAGAGAGUAACGUGAAGUGCUAUGCCCUCAAUCCCGGUGUAAUUAAAACUGAUCUCCAAAGGCAUCAGAAUUACAGCCAAACGAUGAUGAAUAUGAUGUUUCUGACACCUGAAAUGGGAGCACAAACUACACUGUAUUGUGCCCUAGAUGAGAAACUGGAUAAUGAAUCCGGCUUUUAUUAUGAUUUUAGAUAA